GCCUUCAGUCUUCAGUCGUCUACCUGCCCGUGGUCAAGCAAGCAACGCAACCGCUGCCGCAAGCACUGCUCUUCGCGUUCCUCCACAACGGCGUGUGUCUUCGUCCAGGCUUGCUCCAGCGCCGUUCAGCGCUUUCCGGCCGGCCUGCAAGGAGAAGUGAAACUCGAACACCGGACCCCAGUCGAAUGAGCAUGGAGGCCCUGUCGGACGAGGUGAUGCUGCGCAUCUUCGCCCCGCUCUCCGGCACCGCGCUGCUGGACGUGGUGCCGCUCGUGUGCAAGCGCUGGCAGAAGCUCAGCCGCGACCCCCGGGCCUGGGAGGGCGUGGCGGUGUGGGGCCGCGAGUACUGCCGCACUGAGGCCGAGAAGGAGACUCCCCCCGUGGACGCCCGCGUGCUGCUCCACGCGCCCGCCGUGCGACGCAUCAACAUCGGCAGCCAAUGGGACCGCUGGAUGGUGUCGGCCUUCACUCGCUCCAAGGCCGUGGUGUUGCACAAGCUGUACUUCGACGCCAUUGGGUGGAAGAUUCUGCCCCGGGCCGCCCGGGUGGCGUUGCUGGACAUGCUGUGGCGCAGCCGCGACUGCGUGCGCGAGGUGCACAGCCUGCAGUUCGACAAGGGCGACGAGGCUGCUGCAGCCGGCGGUCCCCUCCGCGACUCUGAGGGGCGCUCUCCUCUGGCGAUCCUGGCCCAGUUGAAGCGGCUGCACGCACUGGGUUUGGACAUGGACGAGGGCUACCCGUACGCCCGUGAGCUGGCCGCGGGAUUUCCUGAGCUGCGAGAACUACAGGUCAACACGUACAGGGCAGCGAAGUUGCCCGAGCUGCUGACGGUGGACCUGCUGACAGCGGUCGCACCGACCCUCCGUGACGUGGACCUGCACGGGGACCUCCCCCCUCCCCCUGUCAUGCUUAAGGCUCUGUCCAAGUGCAAGUCACUCCGCCAGGUGCGCGCCCACGACAAGGUGAUGAAUUCACUGCGCGGCAUGCAGCACAUCGAGGAAAUGACCAUCUUCGUGUGGCAGGACUCUCGGGUGUCCAAUCGAGUGAAGGCCAUCCUGGAGGUCUGCCAGACGCUGGGCAAGCUCUUCAAGUUGAACCUCAACAUCUGGAGCAGCUACCGCGGAACGAGCCGUCAGGUGGAGCAGGCUGAGUGCAAGCGACACAUCAGAGCCUACGAGAGGAAAAAGAUGUCCGACGUGAACCUCAGAAUGGGGUGGUAGACUUCAGUAAAGGAUGUUGAGUUACACGCCUUCAGCGAAGUUAAUAUUCUAGCACUUGAAUGAGAAUGAUUUUAGCUUGCCCUCUGGCGUUCCAUGAAAUUUAUCUGUCAAACUAUCGGGAGCGCGUGUGUUAGUACCAUCAGUCCUAAACUGAUUGUACCGGGACUAACUCCGUAGCUGAGUGACUUUUAAUGUUGGCCUUAUAGCCAACUCCUUAGGCGCGGAGUGUUGUGGACCGAUAGUUCUCCUGCAAAUAUAAUAUGUAAUCAGGCAAGUUACUGCACAGACCUGCCAUGAAUUUUACGUUCUUUUACCUAACGUUUUCAGAGUGCUCUUCUCUUUCAUUUUGUUCAUUGAUCGGUAUGAACAUCUAACUAUGUAACCUGGAAUGUAUUGAGUAAAGCAUUAACAGAAUACA